AUGCACAUGUGGCGUAAAAGUGGAACCAUUAAUCCGUUGUGCCACAAUGAUCUGCAGUUUUCCGAUAGCCCCUGCGAUAAGGACACUACUGAGGCAUCAUCGCCUGUAGAUAAUUUGCCAGCUAUACAAGCUGUUAACGCUAAAAAGAGUUUUGAGGAGAAAAUGUUUGAACGAUCUCUUUUCUCCUGUAAGUUAACACCCUUCGGGCUCCAGUCCGACACACCCGCAUGCAAACGCCAGGCUAUUGAGUCUUCUGUGCACCAUCGCACCGCCGCUUCUUUCGUCUACAAAACCCGUGCACCUCGACGUGGUACCUGUUUGAUCAUCUCUGUGGAUGCAUUUAAGGUGGCCCUUCGUCUUCCCAAUCGACCGGGUGCUGGUGUGGACUUACGAAAACUGGAGGAUACCUUCCAUUUUCUGGAUUUUGACGUAAAAACAUAUCAGAAUCCAUCUGCUGCCCAAAUCCUCUCUAUCGUAGAAGCAGAAUCAUCUGCAAACCAUGCAGACGCUGACUGUUUUGCAUGUGUAAUCCUAACUCAUGGGGACGAUGCUGGUUCAAUUUACGGAACAGAUGGUCCCAUCUCUUUAGAUCAGCUUAUUCAUCCCUUCCGAGGGAAUACCUGUCCGUCUCUCGCUGGCAAACCAAAAAUGUUUUUCAUUCAGGUUUGUUCAAAAUUUCAUAGCAUGAUUUAA